UUUUUUUUUUUUUACCCUGUGGAUAAAGUGAAGUUUCCAAUAGGCUAUAGGCGACUGUCUUUAAUCUGCUCUAUGUGUUGGGCUUCACACUAAGUGGAUAUCAAGCUAUUUCAACGCGCCCAUUUUCUCAAGUGAUGAUGAUGAUGAUGAUGAUGGUAAUGAAGCUCAGGAGGGAUCCAGAGAGGAUACCGGGAGCCUAGGGGAUGACAUCCACACAAUCUUGCUGAAUGUGGAUCUCGAUGCCGCGGCGAAGGAUGGGCCCUCUCCUCUCGACCGCCCUGGUCCUCCUGCUGGCCCUGAGCUCCGGGGCCCCGGCCUCGGUGGGGAACCCCGAGGAUUACACCGCGGACGAGGCGGAGCGGACCGCCAGCGAGAACAUCGUCUUCGAUGACUACCGGGGGAAAGGCUGCGUGGACGACAGCGGCUUCGUCUACAAACUCGGGGAGCGCUUCUACCCGGGACACUCGAACUGUCCGUGCGUGUGCACGGAGGACGGGCCCGUGUGCGACCAGCCCGAGUGCCCCAAACUGCACCCCAAGUGCACCAAAGUGGAGCACAAUGGAUGCUGCCCCGAGUGCAAGGAGGUUAAAAACUUUUGCGAGUACCGGGGGAAAACGUAUAAAAUACUGGAAGAAUUCAAGGUGUUUCACCUCCAGGGUUCCCCAUCAGAUGGAGAAGGGACCAGUCCGCCCAGCACGGCCCCAGCGCAGCUGCAAUCAAGAACCAGGAGCUAUAGGCCGUCACCCUGUGAAUGGUGCCGCUGCGAACCAAAUAAUGAGGUGCACUGUGUGGUGUCCGACUGCGCCGUCCCAGAGUGUGUCAACCCUGUGUACGAGCCGGAGCAAUGCUGCCCCAUCUGUAAAAACGGUCCAAAUUGCUUUGCUGGAACAACGAUCAUCCCAGCCGGAAUUGAAGUAAAGGUGGACGACUGCACCAUCUGCCGCUGCCACAACGGAGACUGGUGGAAGCCGGCGCAGUGCUUGCGGCGGGAAUGCCUCAACGGCCAGACGUUGUCAUAGAGAGACUCCACAGGGGACGGUGGAAAAGCUCAGGCAAGGCCCUGCCUACUGCACCAUUUUGUAUGAUUGACAGGGCAGGAGCACAAAUUCCUAAGCAACCUGAGACAGCGUAGCAUCCGAGAGAUGCUUCUCACAAGCUUCACACAAACACAAAUCUAGCCGGCGAGAAGAAGACGGAACUUGUCUCAAGGCUGUUUCCACCCUCCGGUUUUAAUCGUCCUAUAUAUUUUCAGAAGUUGACUUGCUUGACUUGCUGCUCUCUCUCACACAAAGAGGUUUCUAAGCUCCUUGAACUCUUUCCUAACCCAUCGGCAAUGUUGAAUUGCUCAUGUUGAUUUCCGUACGUAUAUGUCAUCUGCUUGUUGUACUCGUCUGUCACAAUCACGCAGGUGUUGUAAUAUUCCAACAGCAGGAAAACAAACCGUAAGCACACUUAACGGCGCUUUUUUUUUUUUUUUUUUUGACACCGAUGAAAGCACUGCAAAGGUGUGCUUGAGUUUCACGACUUCACUCUUAAGAGCUUGUUUACAAGAUGCACAUUACACAUAAAUGUUUGUGUCUUCAUAAGACUUUUUAUCGCUAUGGCAGGAACUCACCUCUAACACUUAGAUGAUGCUACUGUCAAUUUUAUAAACCGCUAUAAAUCCCCAAAAUGCUGAUUUUAUUGAUCGACGUGCCGUUGUUUUGAGUCAUGUCGCUGUAUAGAAGCAGCACAGGGAGGAGAGGAGGAAGUUGGUGCUGUAGAAUUAGGAAAGGGAGGAAAAAAAGUGGUGGAAAUUAACUGAGAGAAGGGAAAAUGUAGAAUUCUGCAACACUGCAUCAAAACAACAACUUUGGGCAGCCUCUUCCGGCUUAAUUGUCGUUAUUGUUUUCUCUCAGAGGUCCAUAUCCUCCAAAAUAUUCCCGCUAACUAACUGCUUGAACUUGUUAUCAAAGCAAUUAGCGAGCCAAGAGCAGCCUGCUUUAAUUUCCCUUAAUCAAGGAGUAUUCUGUGAUAAAUCAUCCAGCUGGGUGCUUGGCGCUGCAGCAGCCUGCAUGCUGGGCACACUCCACCAGAACCAGCAGACAAAAGGAGGGAAUCUGCAUAUGUCUAAAUGCUUUUAAGCAGCGUUCACAUGCACAUUGUCCAUGUGAGCAUUCACAAGCACGCCAUUCAUUCAGAAUCUCAUUGCCACAGUAUGUUGAUCUGCACCCAGUGAAGCACUUAAACCUAUAAAGCUUGUUAAGAUACAAAGCUGUUACAUUAUCCCUCUGCUGCAGAUUGUGUAAUAGAUUUUCAGCUCCUCCCUUAGCAGAUAUUUUAGAAAGGCUCUUCCUGUGCAGCGUGAGGACUCUAAAGACAAUUUGAUGUGUUGCCUUGAUAUUUUCCUAGUCCAGAGCGGUCCUAAAGUGGUCCAGUCUGAAAGAAAAAGCACCCAACCAAGGCCCAAAACACGAUAUUUUUGAGAUGAUAAAUACCAGUCAUUAAUUCAAAGGUGAAUUCCAGUACGCUCGUGCCAUUCAUCACUAGAAUUUUUUCCAUUUCCAGAAAAUCCGUUCCCGUUAACCUUUUAGACCCUAUUCCUGGGUGGUGAUGGAUGGCCUGCUUAAUAGCAGCUCCCAGCACUCUGUAAUGAGACAGAAAUGAACAUAGGAUAAAGAGCGAUAACUAAAGAGGUAUAUUACCUUAAAAAGGCACUAAAACUAAUUUUUGGAAAAAUCUCAGUGUGCAAAAGUCUGCUGCAUAUUCUAUAGCUACGGUUGCCGGGGGAAUCGCAGGACUGAAAGCGUGUGGGUGGAGUUCAAUCCUAGGUGCAACAAUGGAGCUCGGGUCAUUUUCAUCAUUAAGCUACAGUGAUUUAGUGUCUCUCAAUGUGCAAAGACAGUCCUCAUCUAUCUGGCUUGAGGUCUGCAGACUCAUAAAACAAAACUGACAUCAACGGUUUAUCAAUCACAGCCUCGGCGCUCCCGACGUUUUAGGAUUAAUAAAAGAGCUUCAUUCAUCUUAAUUACUUUAGAUGCCAAAUAAUUAUUCAGCCUGCA